AUGGUCAAGCCUACAUUCAUCGCUGCAUUUGCCGCUCUCGCCACGGCUAAAAUCGCCCCCAGUGUCCACCGCCACUUGGAAUCCAACCAUGAUGUGGACGUCGUGAUUGAAUUCCGAGGCGGCAACCAGCGCGCCCUGGAAGUCGCCCGUCUUGAGCGGGCUAGCUUUAACGAUCGUGGCUCCAGCAUCGCCCAUGUUCGGUCGCUCUUGGAGAGCAACAUGGAGACGUCCCAGCGCUCGGCUGUGGAGCUGCUGUCGUCGCAGCCUGAAGCCCGCGUCGAGAGCUUCUACAUCAACGGCAACAUGCACGUGUACGGCGCCAACCGCGUCGUGCUGGACGAACUCGCCAAGUUGGACAACGUGGCUCACAUUCGACAACCUGUCACGGCGCAACUCAGUCCCGUCACCUUCGACGACGACGACGUCUCUGCUGUGGGGAUUUCUGAAGGAUGGGUUGACAACAACACAACCUCUAGACGCGCUGCGAACGAAUGGGGGGUCGACCGCAUUGUCCCACUGGCGAUCGACCUACGGCUGGUUCGAUCCCACCCCACCCCCGUCGACAAAAAUGGUCACGGCACCCACGUCACGGGUUCAGCUGUUGGCCAAAACGGCAUCGGUGUAGCUCCGGGUGCCACGUGGAUCGCUUGCCGCGGGUGCACCACCGCCGAUUGCCCUGAAGCGGCGCUCAUUGGAUGUGCACAAUGGAUGCUGUGCUCGACGGAUAUGACCGACCAAAACCCCAAGUGCGAGUUGGCGCCUGACGUGAUCAACAACAGCUGGGAAAACGUAGUGAAUUCCAACACUUACCAAGCCGUCGUGGACGCGUGGCGCGCUGCUGACAUCACUCCCGUGUUUGCGAACGGCAACGGUGGUUCUAACUGCGGCACUGUCUACUCCCCUGGGGAUUUCAAGAAUGUCAUUGGGGUGGGUAACCUAGACAUGAACGAUAAGGUGGCAACCUUAAGCAGUCGGGGACCUACCAAAGACGGCCGCGUCAAGCCCGAUGUGUCGGCUCACGGGACUCGAAUUCGUUCGGCAUGGCACACUGGCAAUUCGGCCUACAACACCAUCUCGGGCACGUCCAUGGCGUCUCCUCAUGUCGCUGGUGCCAUCGCCCUCUACUUGAAUGCGAACAAGGGCGCCAAGUACGAUGAUAUGUACAAAGCGUUCACGACCACCGUGGACACUGCCACGUUGACUCGAAAUAACCAGAAUUGUGGGGGGGUGUCAGAUUCCAAAUACCCCAACAACAACUACGGGUUUAGACGCAUCAACGUCGCUAGCGCAAUUGGAGGUGGAGUCACCCCCCCUUCCUCUACCACCUCUGCCCCAUCACCUUCGAAGCCCAGCACGGCAGCUUCGUCGACCUCAGCCCCCGCUACACCCCGGGCGUUCCCUACUUCGCCUGUGACGCCAUCCACCUGCAAUGGCUGCACUGGUUGCUAUUCUCCAUUGAUCAAAUUUUUUUUCAAUGUGCCACGUUCACGGUGCUCCAAGGAACCUGGCGAGGCAAAGAGUAAACUCAUCAGGAUGUGA